AUGCACCAGGUGUCGGUGUACGGAGCAGGACUCGAUUCGAACGCAGAUCGAAACGAGAGAUUGUGGGAGAAGAUCGAGUACAGGGAUCGGCGUGCCUGCGAACGACAAUCUUCUUCCACCUCGACGACGGCUCACGUCGAUUCCCCCGAUCGAUCGCCAUGCCGAUCUUCUCGCUCUUCGCUCCCCUCUACACGCGUUUUAUUCAGAUACAGAGGAUCCCUCGUACCUUCCAACGUUUUCCUCAUAGGGUUGGCGCUGUGCUGCCUGACCUUCUCCCCCGUACAACCCCGACAAAAUCAUCAUCAUCAAACUUGUCCAGGUUGUCCGCAUCAGCACCAACAACAACAACAACAACAACAACAACAUCAACAACAACAACAACAUCAACAACAACAACAACAUCAACAACAACAUCAACAUCAACAUCAACAUCAACAGCGGCAGCAAGAGGGGAAGAGAGAGGAAGAGGAACGACAAGAGCGAUAUAUUGGCCGGGAGACGUAUGAGAGGGGGGGCGGUGGUUGGGAAAGAAAGGAGGAUACCGCCGCGCCCACCCCGGACGACUUGAGAUUGGAGGCUAUCAAGCAUCAAAUCCUGACUAAACUCGGGCUGAGAACGCGACCCGACGUGAAUAGAACUUUGGCCACCGUACCCAGGCACUUGGCUCUCGAGACCUUGUACAGGGCCGAAGCGCAAUUCUCCCGCUAUCCGUUGCCCGACAAUACGAGAAACGAUCGUCGCGAGAACGUUUACUCGACCGAGUUUCUUUACGGCGGCAACGAGUAUUCGUACUCGAGGAAUCUCGAUCGACGAGUGGACGACGAUUCUGCCAAGGAUAACGGGAGAAUCGCUUCUUCUUACCGGGGCGAGUACGAGGGGGGAGAAGGCGAGGAUCGAGAACCGGAAGAAGAGAUAGACGACUUUUACGCGAGAACCUCGGAGAUCAUCACGUUCGCCGAACCUGGACGCACGCUGAAUGGACAACCGUUACUAGAAUUCCCGAUGUCGAGCGGAGAGCCCGCCUUGGAACCGCUCAGGAUCAAGAGAGCAACGCUUUGGACGAGAGUCGAAUUCAGGCACGGUCAUCAUUAUCAACGCAAUCGACAGAGUCAAACUAAUCAGAGAAAUAUUACUCUGUGGGUGUUCAGAGUACGUUGCGGCAAUACGACGCAUUUGCGUGGAAAGGAACUUGGCCAAUACCUGGAAAUGGUCACGUCCCUCGGAGUGAACGUCGGACAAUUGGGUUGGCUGAAAUUCGACGUUACCAAAGUUGUGAACAGUUGGUACACGACCGCGAAUCGGGACACAGCGAGGGACAAAUUGACGUUGCUCGUCGAUUGUACCGGAUGUGGCUCGCACGUCUACGUAUCUACAUUUGACGGGCACUCCCCGCGCGUGAUCGAAUCGCCAUCUUUAAACGCCAAAGGUACUCAAGAUCCGGACAGACCUUUCCUCGUCGUGCGUACGGAUCCAGCGGCUGUGAAACGGGUUAGAAGGCGGGCGAUCGAGUGUAGCGGCGCUAUAAAGGGCCAAUGCUGCAAGCAAAGAUUCUACGUCAACUUUUCUCAACUCGGUUGGGACGAUUGGAUAAUCGCACCGCAAGGGUAUUACGCGAAUUACUGCAGGGGAGAUUGCGCGGCUGGCCACAGAACACCGGACACUUUCCUCAAUUACUACACCCACGUGAUCGAGGAAUACAGGAAGAUGGAUCGACUGGCCGGUAUGCAGCCUUGUUGCGCUCCUCUCAAGUUUUCCCCGAUGUCGUUGAUCUACUAUGGUCCUGAUUCCAACAUCAUCAAAAGAGAUUUACCCAAGAUGGUGGUCGACGAAUGCGGUUGUCCUUAAAAACGUCUAGCUUUCUUUUCCUUCCUUCCUUCCUUCCUUCCUUUCUUUCUUCCUUUCUUCCUUUCUUCCUUCCUUCCUUCCUUCCUUCCGUCCUCCUCUUGCCUUACGAACGGUUCCACCGGUCAAUCAAAUCUUCUAUAAAAAAAACCUUUAUAUAAUCGAUGAACGCGCUCCCCCGAAAAUCGUCUAUCCCCCAUCGAUGACCGCGUUUAUCGUUACCAUCGUCGUGGUAUGACGUGGUAUACGUAGCGUUCUGUGCGUACUUACUUUGUCUUGUCGGAACUCGACUGUUCCAAGUAACUCGAUGCUCGAUACUCGAUAAUAGAUAAGAAUCGACGCGUUCUUAUUCCCGAUCGGUGGCAAAGCGGAACGAAUUAUCGGUUUUAGAUGAACGGCUAGACGAACCGACGAUCGUUCGCAUUCCCGAUCCAUCGGAUAUUUAUCGAAGAGUAACGAGCAAAGAUAUCGAGAAAAAAAGGAAAAAAAAAAAAGGUAAAAAGGAGCCACGAUUCGGCUUACCUUACCUUCGUCGACCUCCAUGUUUUCUAACUUAGUACUACUUGGCUUAGUUUCGUUAAUAAGAUAAAUCGUUCGCGCCGUUUAAAAUCUAUAAAGUAUCCAUCUCCAAAAAGGAAGAUAUUAUGAUAAUAAUAAAUAAAAGAUAAAUGUGCGUAUGUGCGUGCUUGUUCGUUCGUUCGUUCGUUCGUUCGUUCGUUCGUUCGUUCGUACGUUCGUUCGUUUGUUUGUGCGCGCGAGUGUAAGUACUUAUAUAUAGAUGGAUGAGUAAAAGCGUGAAAGUAAAGUAAAAACGCGAGAAC